CUUUAAGUGACCAAGCCAGUAGAAAAUGUUUGCUCAGAGGGCUGCGCUUAGCUCACUAUCUGAAGCUGUUACACGUUGUAAAUACAGAUGACUUAGUCGUCACAUCAGACUGUGUUUUGCGGUUCGACUUCUCCAGGAGCACUGCAGACCACCCCGUCAUCGACCCCUCCGCCCUUCUCUUCAUUUGCCACACACUCUCUCCAUCUGAGACCAUGGAGGAGGUCAGCUCGACACCAUCUUUGUUGGAGCGGAAGGCUCAUCACGCAGAGCCCACACUUUCCGUCCUCAAGUCCAAGCUGCAGCGGAGUCUGAGCUGCUCUGCGACCCGAGUCCGCUCCACUUUGUCGGGCUUCUUCCCUGUGGUGCGCUGGCUGCCCAAGUACAAACUGCGAGAGUAUGUUUGGGGCGACGCCAUGUCCGGCUUGAUCGUGGGGAUCAUCUUGGUACCGCAGGCCAUCGCCUACUGCCUGCUGGCUGGAGUAGAACCCAUCUAUGGAUUGUAUACGUCAUUUUAUGCCAACAUCAUUUAUUUUCUCAUGGGGACAUCCAGACAUGUUUCUGUCGGCAUCUUUAGCCUGAUGAGUCUCAUGGUUGGACAGGUGGUCUACAGAGAAGUGUUCCUCGCUGGAUUCGACCUCAACGAGGAUUCUCCCGGUGUUCCAGAGUUCAACGGUUCUUUCAUCAACCUCACAACUCACACUGUAGAAAUUAUGGGUGUGCAGUGUGGGAAGGAGUGUUACGCAAUUAGCGUAGCCGCGGCUCUUACGCUCCUGGCUGGUAUCUACCAGGUUCUGAUGGCUGUGUUUCGGCUGGGCUUCGUCUCCGUCUAUCUUUCGGCUCCCAUGUUGGACGGUUUUGCCACAGGAGCGUCGUUUACUAUCCUGACUGUCCAAGCCAAAUACCUCUUGGGUCUGAAGAUCCCUCGCCAUCAGGGCUACGGAACUGUCGUCGUAACCUGGUUCAACAUCUUUGCCAACAUUCACAAGACCAACAUGUGUGAUCUUAUCACCAGUGCCAUCUGUAUCAUCGUAUUGGUGGCAGGGAAAGAGAUCCAGGAACGCUACAAGGAUCGUUUGAAGAUCCCUCUGCCAACUGAACUGGUCGUGGUUGCCGGAGCCACGUUGGCCAGUCAUUUUGGAGAUCUCAACCAUCAAUACGGCACCAGUGUUUCUGGUCAUAUCCCCACUGGCUUCAUCCCUCCUCAAGUGCCCAGCCUUAGUCUGAUGUCAAGAGUAGCACUGGACGCCAUUCCUCUAGCGGUCAUCAGCUUUGCCUUUACCGUGUCACUGUCCGAGAUGUUUGCCAAGAAGAACGGCUACACGGUCCGUCCCAACCAAGAGAUGUUUGCCAUCGGCUGCUGUAACAUCAUUCCGUCCUUCUUCCAUUGCUUCACCACUAGCGCGGCGUUAGCAAAAACUAUGGUGAAGGACUCAACGGGCUGUCAAACACAGGUAUCAAGUCUGAUCAGCGCCUUGGUCAUCCUGCUCGUCUUGCUCUUCUUCGCGCCUUUCUUCCACGCUCUCCAGAAGUGCGUCCUUGCCUGUAUUAUUAUCGUCAGCCUUCGCGGGGCACUCAGGAAGUUUAAGGACUUCCCUGCUAAGUGGCGAGCCAGCCGUAACGAUGCCGUGGUUUGGUUGGUUACCGUGUCGGCCACAGCUCUUAUCAGGGUCGAGCUCGGCCUCGUUGUUGGCAUCACCUUCUCGAUGAUCUGCGUUAUCUAUAAGACCCAAAACCCCAAGGUCUCUCUCCUGGGCCGAGCCGGCGACUCCGAUCUAUACGAGGACGUGGAGGAAUACCAAAACCUGGUUCCGCCAAACCGAGUCCGAGUCUUCCGCUUCCAGGCGCCUCUCUACUACGCCAACAAGGACACCUUCCUGAAAGCUCUCUACCAAGCUGUUGGGGUGACGCCUUUCUUGGAAAUGACCAGAAGGAAAAAGGCAGAGAAGAAAGCCAAAAAGAUGUCCUUGACGCAAGCCCAGACAAACGGGGACGCUAAUCAUGGAGAUGUUGUGGUGGCACUCUUGCAAGGUUUGGAGCUGGACUUCCACACCAUCAUUGUGGACUGCUCCGCCAUCCCCUUUAUAGACUCCGCCGGCAUGGCUGCUUUUAAGGGGCUGCUGAAGGAGUUCAAGCAGAUCGGUGUGGAAGUGGUCCUCGCCUGCUGUAACGCCUCCAUCAUUGAUACUUUGCAGAAGGGACACUUCUUUGGGAAAGGUGGCAAAGACAUGAACAAAAUGCUGUUCCACACGGUGCAUCACGCCGUCCUACACACAAACAUACAGCAGCCGGACAAAAGCACGGAAGACUCUGCUCUGUAGAGCAAAGACAAAAGAAAUGUAUGGUCGACAAGUUGUAAGAUAAAAUUACUACCCUGUCAUAUUUGUUGCAUCACGCAAUGUUCUGUUCAUUCGCAACUGUCUGCAUUUGUAGGAGAAGAUAAAAAUGAGCAAGACCAAAGCAAAACAAACCUGUCGGCCAAUCAUUCACUAUCAGUCCAAUUUUAUGAACACAUUGUUGCCUUAAGUUCCUCUUUUAGGAUGGAGCACUUUGAUAAAAUACUUUUUGACCACCGUCCUUAUCACUUGUGAGCUAAACUAAGCACAUUCUGAAUGUGGUAUAUCAGAUUGGAGAUAUAAAGAAUGCUUGCGGUGUAAUCAGGUCAUGUUGUUGCAGUGUAAAAAAUGUAAGAAAUUGUAAGAGAAAGACAAAAAUAACGAUCAAAGCAAAUCUAAAUGCAAAAUACUGUUGUAAAGCUCCACUUUUGGAAUGGGCAGAACAAAUCAGUGGUGAUUGCAUUUAAAAACGGUUUGAAAUGAAUGUUCUUCUGUGAACUGGUACGAAUACGUCAUGUUUGUCACAACUGUCGAGGCAUUAUGUCAACUAUACACUGUUGAGGAGCCUGUUAUUCAAUAAAAAUAUAUUUUUUACUAACA